AUUUGCUUCAGUGUACGUGCGACCGUUCGCGCUUAUCGACGGUUUGUUGUGUCACGCGCACUCACUUAUUACGCAGUGGCGAGUAACGACAACCGCGUGGACUCCUACGGGCUACGACCCAAACUAAGAACUGCGUACCUAUUUAUUUUCUCGCUUUCUACGAUAGGUUACCGUUACGUGUUGACCAGUGAUAACUGUUAUCAGUGCGGAAAAGUUUCUUAGUGUUUUUCCAUAACUUUUUAGAACAAAAUAAUAAGUGUAGUGCUGAUCGGGACUAAAUUUCUAUGAUUAUAAAAGACCGGUAACGUGAUCGCUAGCCACGUUACAAGGUUAUCGCGCCUCUAACUUGCCUGUGAUGAAUUGGAAAAUCGGCGCGUAGUCGCUCACGUGGUGUGCGCCCCGCCCCCGCCUCGUUCCGCACUUAUAUUUAGCAAAAAUCGCCUUUAGAGACCGGUCCGAGUCCGACGCGCUCGUCGAACGUCUCUGUUUAUUAACGUUAGUGAGACGCCACAUGUUAUUGGCUUCGUAUAACAGCGAUAAGGAGUUAGAUAACCUCUUCAGUUCUUUCGUUUCGAAUCAGACGAAGUUCUGGAACCAGUGAGCAUGGAGGACCUCAAUGGGAACGUGGUGUGAUGGUAACGGCCGUAGUAAGCGAGCGCCACUAAGCGCACAAAACGAUAGUCGCCAAAAUAUUCCACUGAUAAAAGAUUGAAAAUUCAAGAUGUCUCUACCCGGAGGCGGCAGUUACCAUAGCCCAUGGUCUUCACAAACAGCUCUCUCGGAGUUGGAGGGAGCUAUGGGGGAAUUGGAACCCCUAGGGGAACUAGCCGAAGUUGGUUUUGAGCCACAAACUCGAGCGCGCUCAAACACGUGGCCUCUUCCUAGGCCAGAUAAUUAUGUCGACCCAGUCGAAGACAGUGGCUCGAAAAAGAAUUCCAAUCAGAAUCUAACUGGUGCGCCACCGCUACCGAUAGCAGCGAAGAAAAACUCCUCCCGCCGAAAUGCUUGGGGUAACCUGUCCUAUGCUGAUCUUAUUACCCAAGCCAUCACGUCUGCACACGAUAAUAGACUUACAUUGUCCCAGAUUUAUGAGUGGAUGGUUCAGAAUGUGCCAUACUUUAAGGAUAAAGGCGACAGUAACUCGUCAGCAGGUUGGAAGAAUUCCAUUAGACACAAUCUAUCUCUCCACAACCGAUUUAUGCGGGUCCAAAAUGAGGGAACCGGCAAGUCUUCAUGGUGGAUGAUCAACCCUGAUGCCAAACCCGGAAAAUCAGUGAGACGGCGAGCUCUAUCUAUGGAAACGUCCAAGUCAGAAAAAAGAAGAGGGCGUGUUAAAAAGAAGCCGGAAGCGUUGAGAAAUGGCAUCACCGCAGAUACAACACCAAGUCCUAGCAGCUCCAUAUCGGAAAGUCACGACAUUUUCCCGGAUUCUCCAGUUCCCAGUAGCAGCAGUUUUCAGCUAUCACCGGACUUCCGUCAAAGAGCGUCUUCGAAUGCUUCAUCGUGCGGCCGCCUGUCUCCAAUCCCGUCACUGUUACAUUCAGAAACAGAUUGGCAGACGGAUUACGGGCCUCCAUCGGAUUUUACUUCAAAUAACGAUUAUUCUCAAGACUUCACGCAAGACGAGUUGGCCGGCACUCUAGCAGACUCAAUGAAGCUACACGGGGAUCCCUUCCUAAAUACAUACGUCCCAACGACGUCGUCAUCGUCGUCCGGCGGCAGUUACCGCUAUGCGUACUCGUGUCCGCGGCACCCGCACGGCAGUUGUGCGUGCUCGUCGCUAUUCCCCGCGCACCCCGCACAUCCCGCGCACCCGCACGCGCUCGACCACUUCGUGCGACCCCCGCCGCCCGCUGACCCCGCUGAUAUCAUGCAGACAGAAAACAGCCAAACCCAAAUGGUGACGACAUCAGAUGCUGCGUUAAUGAACGGUGGUAUGAUGGUGCAAGCUGGUGCGAUGGGUCCCACCACAGUGAUGGGCCAGAUCAUGGGAGCCCUCAACACUGGCCUCGCGGAGGACCUGAACAUUGAAACGUUAGAACAUAGCUUCGAUUGUAACGUUGAUGAGGUGAUAAAGCAUGAGCUGAGCAUGGACGGCAGCCUCGACUUCAACUUCCCGCAGCAGCAGAUGGCUUCGGACGCUGAGAGCCACUUCGCUGCGCCGGCCCCGCCCGUCCCCACCACACUCUCUGGGGGGGGACAACGCACCCCGUACACCGUUGCCCCCUCUUGGGUACAUUGAAGUCUAUAGUCUAUGGCCUAUAGUUUAUGGUCUAGUUUGUCUAUAGUCUUUCAAAGUCGUCAUAUUAUGUUCAACAUUUCAAAAUUUUAAUAUAAUUUCGGUUACGUUUUAGUAUGUAUAUAAAUUGUUACGUAUUCAAGAUAUAUUUGUUUUUAUCGUUUAGUCUACAUUAAGAAUGGUUACCGUUUGCUGUCGAAUGUGCUAAUUAUUAUUAUUAGUUGUGUGGUGCGGGGCGGGGCGGAAUGGCGCGAUUUUGGAUAUCAAGAUCUUUCCUGGCUUGCAGAGGCAAGGUACAUAGAUGCCAUGUUAACGCACAACGGUCGCAACUGACGAGCGAGACCGGAUUACAGCCGAGACUGAUAAUGUGUUCUGAUUUCUGCAGAUAUGAAACGUCGAUCAAAGUGCGAUAGUGAAUCGUUCUAAUUCAAUUAUUGAACUUUUUUAUCAUUAAGGUUAUGUGACCUCGCGUAUGUUUAGUAAUCGAUUUAUAAUUAGUUCCCAUUAUAGUUCUCCCUUCUAUUAUUUAUGUAAUUUUACUUGUUUAAAUGUUAAGCUUAAGUCGAUGUUAGAAACGAAAAGAGCUUCGAGCUCGGUUAUCAUUGCCAUUUUAGCUUUUAAUUUUUCAUCUUCGGAUACAGAUGGGCCAAUUAUGUUUACAUGUAAUUAUAUCUAGGAAAGUAAUUUUGUAAAAUAUGCGGACUGUGCAGUUUUAUAAUUGAUCCAAUUUGAUAUCGAGGAAUAGUUCAGGUUCAGCCGUAGGAUGCAUACCAUGGCGUGCUAUAGCAAUUUAAUUCGACAUGUUUACGGCGUGUAAUAGUAACACAUUUCGCAUCGCUAAAGAUCUGUAAUUAAACGGUUAUAACAUCUCAAGGUGCACACCCUGUUAUUUAAUACCUACUAAUAGAAUUACAAUGUAAUACCUCAUAUAUAUUUUUACGUAUGCCAUUAUCUAACCAAAAAUUUAUGAAGUACCAAUAAAUUGCUCAACAAUUUUGACGCCAAAAUCAUGCUUUAUUUAAGAACAGUAAAGUAUAAUAGACACAAAUUUAGUACAUUGUAAAAAUGUUAAUAGUAGUGCCUGUUUGUAAAAAUAGUUGCGAUGUUUUAAUGCUCAUUGUUGUUUGUUGAAUGAUUCAUCAUAAUAUACAUAUGGGACACUAAGUUAUGUCUGGUGUUGACGUGCAAAAUGAAUAGUCAGACCUCUAGUCCCGAAUAAUUAAUAAGUUCUAAUUAAGCGUCGUUUGCGGCUAACAUCGAAAUGACUAACCGCAAGGUUACGACAAAAGAUACAUUAAAUAUUCAUUGUUCAACAUUAAACACACUAAUAUUUGAUGUCAUCUUUUGUGACAGCUUCGUUUGUACUUGCUAGUGAUAACAGUGGUGGUUUCAGCAGACCGAGGAAAACGACCAUAUUUUCCUCAAAACAUUUGAUAUUAUAUUUAAAACCGUCGAAAUUUAUAGCGUAAAGCUAUGCCUUUGUCAAGUUUAUUGACAAUUGAUUAUUUGUACAAAAAUAUGCAUAACGUAGUUGAUGAAGUAUCGUGCAUACGACAUCAAAAAAUAUAGUGGUUAAGUAAAUAGCGAUUCCACCACUGUUCGAGAACAUUCUGCAAAGGCCUGUUAGGAGUUCACUAUGAAUUACCUCAGUGGACUAUUUGUGAUAGAUUUAGCCAAUAAGUGUUCAAUUUAGCAACUUUACUGUAAAUGUAAGUCAAUUCUUAUUAUAUUUGGCGUCCAUGUUAUGACGAGAGCAUUAUUUUUUGCCUCUUAUUAUUAUUUUUGGUAAGAAUGUUGAAAUCAAUUUUUGUUACAUUUUUUACAUACAGCUGACAUUGGUGCUAUAGUUAAAUAUUAUAUAGCGCAUUUUAAAACAAAUAUAUAUUUUAAUUUCAUUCGUGUAUUAUAAAAAUGAAAUGUUCGUACAAAAUUAAUUAUAAAAACGAAACUGCGUUCUUUGCCAAAUUUAGGCAGAGGGUGCGUGAACAACCUUUACUUGUAAAUAUAAUAUAGUUAAAUUGAGUUACUUUGGUACUAUUAUUGAAUGUUCGACAUCAGAAUCUAUAAGAUUAAGUUUGCCAAAUAUUCAGUACAUGUUAUAACGCGACACAAAUAUUAUGAAUGUAUCUUAAGUAUAGUAGGGGUUCAAUGUUAGAUGACUCGCCUCCGCGGAGGUAUCUCAUAUUAGAUAGGUUUAUUAGUUUUAUUUUUAAUGGUUGUUGAUACAUUAUAUAAUGUUAUAUGUGUUAAGAAUCGAUUUCACCAGCAAAAUAAUCCACGUUUAAAUUUUAGUCGACUUUUAAUAUGAAUUUUUGUCAUACAAAAUGUAUUUAGACAGUUUUAAAUAUUGGUUAUUUUGUUAGUAAAAUCGUUGCUGAGGCAGACGUUAUGUCAAUCCAUGUGGUCAAUUAAUUAAGGAUCUAAUGAGUCUGUUCUUAUAGGUCUAAGGUCUUUAGUGGAAGAACAUAGUAAUUUGGUUUAUUUGGUAAUGA